GGGAGUGGUGAAGCUUAAUCAAAACAAAAACCCUUCUGGGAGAAAGGAUGUACCAUAUCGUCGUCCUCACGGCAUAACCGGUCGCGUGCUCAUGCGAACCGGAUGUUUCACUCAGUUAUUAGGAGAUUGUGUCAAUCGUGAGCCAAGAGUGCAUAUAUUACGACAAGGUGUCACUGUUACUUAUGACUGUGGGUGUUUGGCUGUGUUUUUUGUGCUGCUAGUGUGCCCUUUUUUUCUUCUAGUGAUGUGAUAAGAUAGGCGAGAGCAUAGCAAGUGCAGAGCAACAACACUCCAAUUAGCAACAGCUCUCUUACAGCUCGACAAGCAGUAGAUAGAAGAAAUUUCGUGUGCCAAUAAGUGUGUAAUAAUCUAUCGUACUAUUUUAUCUACACUUCUUGCCUGUGCGAUGAGUGCGGCCAAGACGACCAUUCUUCAAAAAUUAACUGCUCACACGAGCGACGUGACGUCGCUCGAUUUCUACGGUAAUGCGCUGCUGGUGACAGGGUCAAGUGACAAAACGGUGCGUGUGUGGCGUUGGGUGGCGGGUAGCGGCUACCGGGAAGAACCAUUCUCGCCCCUGCUCGGCCACCGGUACGGAGUGACGAGUGUACGUGUGUCGCCGAAGGGAGCCGUGCUUGCAUCCGCUUCUGUCGACGGUACAGUGAUACUGUGGAAUCUGAGCAAUGGCCAAAUUUCAAAUGUGAUCAAUCAGGAGGGCGGCGAAGCGAUCCGGGCCUGCAUCUUCAGCCCGAACGGAUCGACGAUCGUAAGCUCGGACGACAGUGGUUCGAUUUGCAUCUGGGGGCAGGAUAAAAGCCUGAAGGGCCAUGUAAAGGUACACGAUGAGGCCGUUCAUACGAUGGCGUUUUCAAGCGACUCGGACAUCCUGCUGACCGCAUGCACGUUGGGCAAUGUGAGACUGUAUGCUGUUGAGAAUGAUUUUGCUGGCGAUCUCUCGUCGGCAGACUGUUCGAUCGAUGCCGCACAUGAUAUGGGAGUGCUGUCGGCGGAUUUUUGCAAAAUUGUCCACACGGAUCCAACCGACAAAUGUUCGCUAAUUUACACGGUCGCUACGUGCGGCACGGACCAUUACAUCAAAAUCUGGAGAAUCUAUUUUAUGCCAAACAACAUCGACCGAAGCCGCCGAUCGCGGCUCAUUCCCACCAGCCCCCAGGAACACUUUGCCGGCCAGUCGACCAUCUACAGUACCGAGGUGAUGAAUGCUAGCUGCGUGCAAACCAUAUCGGCCCACGGUAGCUCCGUCACCUGCGUACGGUUCAAUCCAACCGGGACGCUGCUAUUUUCCUGCAGCCUGGACAAGACGAUCAAAAUCUGGAACCAGCAGGGCACGUGCCUCAAGACCCUGUCGGAGCACCUGCGGUACGUCAACUGUUUGGCAAUCAAUAGCGAUUCGACGGUGAUCGCUUCCGGGUCGAACGAUCGCACGAUCGUGGUGUGGGAUUUGUCCAGCCGGCUAAGCGUCGGCUCGCACAUAACCGGCAUACGCUCGCUGCUGUUCUCGUUGGCGGUGAAGACGUCCGAGAUACCGCUCGAGUUUAUCUGUCCGAUCACGCACGAGCUGAUGAAGGAUCCGGUCUACGCGGAAGACGGUUUCACGUACGAACGGUCCGCAAUUAGGGAAUGGUUUUCCCGCGAGAAAGCCGUCUCGCCAAUGACCAACCUGGAACUGUCAACAGACGAGCUGUUGGAAAAUGGCAAACUGAAGCAGCAGAUCGAGGACUACAUGCGGUCGCUCGACGUCGAAUCGGGAGCCGGGAUGAACAAUUCCUAAAUCAUCGUACCAACACCAACCAACAGUCAUACCAACACCAGCAUUUUAGCAUUUGUGCCUUAGCUAUAUAAUCAUUUCCAGUUUUGCUAAACAAAGAGAGGUUGUAAAAACACGUGACCCACACACGUUUGCUGUUGUAAUGUAAUUUUUAUUGUAAAAUUUCUCGUUUUUUGCUACAUAAAAAUGUUACCAUCAUCGAUUGCACACUGCA